AUGGAAAGAUGUCUAGAUAGUUUCGAUGAUCUAAGUUCCGAAAAAGAAACGAAUGGAAAAUGGUCAAGUAUUACUGUAGCUUUUGGUGCUACCAACACUAUUGGUGAGAUACCAGUUGUUGAAAAGCUACUCAUGACUACUACUGAUUAUUCUUUCGUUGUGAUUGAUCAAGUGCAAAAUGAUAUUCGUGAAACUACCGUAGGAGACCCGAAAAAGAAUUCGAAGAUGCACAAGAGUAGGAAGGCUCAUUUAAUUGAAUCGACUAAACGAGUUGAUCAUCUUCCAAAGUUAUUUUACAUCCCUAAUAUUUAUCGAUAUUAUUCUAAUAUCUAUCUAUUUCGAGCAAAUGUCCUUCGAUUGUAUAUCUAUAAUAGAAUUACACAUAGGGUGUGGGAAACUCUAUUAUAUAAAACGAGAAAAAAGUUUACUAAACGUCUACAAACGAAUCUUUUCGGGAAAAAUAGUUACAUAGAAUGUUUUCGAGUUCAUCGAUAAUAAACACUCAUGUUACUUGGUUCGUUUUAUUUUUUUGUUGUAGUUUUGUUUUCGUUUAUACACUGUUGUUGUUAUUUGUCUACCUUUUCUACCAGUUUAUGUUACUUGUGUUGGUGUAUCUAUCUGACUUUCUUGUCUUCUUCAGCUUCGUAUUAUAUAUAGGGGUGGCACUUUACCUUUACUUUACUAGUAACUACGUAACUACAAUAGUUACUUAGUUACUAAUAAAAGUAACUACAAUAGUUACGUAGUUACUUGUAAAUGGUAACUACUAUAGUUAAGUAGUUACUUGUAAAAGUAACUAUCAUAGUUACGUAGUUACUUGUAAAUGGUAACUACUGUAGUUACAUAGUUACUUUUAACAAAGUAACUACUAAAAUAUUAGUUUGGAGUAAAUACAUUAGUAAGACAUUUAGAGUCUGCUGGG